AUUUGUGUGUGUGUGUGUGUGUUAUCUUGAACGUUUUUGCUCUGCCCCGUUAGGGGAGGGAAUAAGGAGCAGCUUAAAUUUCAAGGUGAAUGAACUGUGACACAGAGCGAUUGCACAAGUCAAUUUCCUUAUCCCACAGGUGCUGUUUUGAAGACUUGACAGAUUGUUGGUAUGUUGUGCUCGACAGGAACUAUACAUUAGCUUUAGAGGCUGCUGUUUUUCCCCGGUAUGGCAACAGAACUUUUAAAAAACGGCCCGAUGCCGGUGUCUGGUGGCACUUCGUCCUUACCCGCAAGGCUUCUAAAUAAGGGCCCGGAAUACCUGCGAAAGCACAUGGAAGUAGAAAGCAGAGGGAAGGUGAGCGCCGUGGAGAGACUGGCAGCGGAUAAAGCCAAGUUUGUUAAGGGCCAACAGCUGCAGCAACAGCAGAUGAUAAUCUCGAAACAGGGGGCAGUCGUCGCAUGCAGUUCAGACUCGGAGACAAGCAGCGAAUCGUACCCGGCACACGCUUAUUUGAAGAGUACGGAAGAGACGAAGGUGGCAACUGACUCUCCCACGUCAAUCGACAACUCAUCCACUAUUGUCAGGCGAAGCAGCUCAAAAAAACAGAGGCCGGACUCUCUGGUCAUGUACCGACAGAAGUGCGAACUAGUCAAAGGCUCCAGCAGUGACUCUUCUAAAGGCAGCCUUGUGCGGAGGCUGUUUCACGGCACCCUAAAAGACAACAAGCAAGUGGCUUCACCUGAAACUCGACCCUCAAAAAAUGACAGGGUGGAACACGCAGUACACCAGCAAAGUGCAAAAGGAAAGGCUGUCGCCACGGCUCCCAUUCAGCCUAGUCCAUGUAAAGCCAGCAGCCAAGAGGCGACAGAGACUGUGGUGCAGUCGGAGGCGCCCAAAAGAGGGCUCUUCCGAUCGCACUCGGACAUCAGUUCCAGGUACUCCAAAGCCUUCUCGGAAUUUGAGAGCUUUUUCAAAUACUGUGGACUGGACAGCGACGUGAUCGAUGACUUAGGAAAAGAAAACUUCUCGGCUGUAUCAGAUAACGUGUCAUUCAGGCUCCGGAGUGUCAGUGUUGUAACUUCGAAUAGUGGGUUCACGAGACACAGUGGAGAUAGCGACGGCCUUUUGGAAGAAGAACUCAACGUGAAAAGCACAGCUUCCACGGGCACGUCAGCUAUAGAGCGCAACGCGCGCGUCAUCAAAUGGCUGUAUGGCUGUCGGAACGCUAGGGAGGCCGGCCGCGCGCUGCGCGAACUCGUGUAAAUGCGCGCGCCUGUACUCGCCAAGGAGAAGAGAAAGCGGGGUUGUGUUUGAACAUGACUGACGGUUUGUCGCCGGAUUAACCGACAAGCACCGCAUGCCAAUAUUUUCAUAUAUUGUUUACAAUUUUAUCAGGUGCUCGAGAAACAUGUCAUUGUGAGUGACCGCCUAUUAAUAACGUACCUUUUAGACACUGUUUGUUGUUUUACGUAGGUAUGUUGGUCGGGGACCAUUUCUACUUAGAAGUAUUAAAAGCUGCGUUUUUUAAUUUACAGUGUUAAAAAUGUAAGACUUAUUUUGAUAUUUGAGUUAAUCCCAAGUUUUCUUAUAUUAAAGUGUACGUAUUAAGAAAUGUGCAGGAAGAGUUUCCAUAGCAGACAUCUCCGUGACUUUUUUGCAAAUUACAGUAAGUAAACCUUUAAGACCAGGUUUACCAGGAGUCAUUUUACAGCUUCUUAAGCGCUCCAUCUUUUAGCUUUCAUUUUAAACUUACAGAUGAUCUUUUGAUUACGAAUUAAAUAAAUCUACUAAGGUUCACCAGAAACCUUCACCAAACAAAUAAGUACAUUUAAGACUGUUUCUGUUCAUCUAAUAAGUUAACACAUUUGUCUCACUGGAACAUUACCAUAGAAACGUCUUAUUUGCUGUGUAUCAUUAUUGUUUCAAGUAAGAUCAGCUUAAAUCUGUCAAAGUUAUGUUGUUUGUAUUACAUAUUUUAUUAUAAAUACCAUCCCAAAAUAUCUAAUUUGCUCUGUACAGCUAAUUGUGAACGCCGUUUUUAAAAAACUGAAACUCGGAAACAUAUGGAACCUUGCACAGUAGCGCAUAGUAAGUGGCCAUUGAUUUCAUAACUUCAGUUAAGCAGUAGAAGUGUUUCAGGCAACAGUCAGAACAUAAGCAUUUAACAGCGCCAGUUUCAAACCGUUUGCUUGCGUGUGAAGAUGACCCUUAUCACUGCAGAAUCCCAUGGGUUACGAGUCGGGUGUGUCAUUAGGUGUUCUAAAUAUCCAGAUCACUUUUGUAAUCUGUUUAGUCCCGAAUGAUGCAGGGGUCCACAAACGUAAAAUGUUUUCUAUGCGUUAUGGUUGGCUAAAAUAAUCUGUAUAUUUAUAGGUGAGCACAGAGUUAAUAGCAGUACGUAUCUAACAUUGUAAGUACAAUACCUAGCCUGAGGAAAUAAAUACUUUUCUGAUUUGUUCAUGCCAUACAAUACUAGCUUUUAAAGUGAGUUAUGUAUAAAAUAAUGGUUAUUUUUAGUGCUACCUUCGAAGAAAUGUUUUUUAUACAGUAU